AUGUUUCGAGCUGUAGCUUUCUUCUCCCUUUUUCCUCGUUCUGCUUCUCUCCCCGUGAGAAAACGAAAGCUCUUUUUGGUUUCUCUCUGCUCUUCGGAGUUAGAGAGAAACAUCAAGAAACAAAAACUGUUUUCUCCUGCUGCUGUUGGUCGUCGUGUCCGCCUCUGUGUGGCACCGCCACGUGGUUCUCGUGCUCGUCGUCUUCGCCGUGCGGGUAUCAGUCCUCGUCCUCCCUUGGCUCCUGCGUGCGGCCCUCUUUCUCCCAUGUCUUUUCCUGUUGCGGCUUCCCCUCGGAUGAAGGAGACAGAAAAGCGAAAACGCUUUUCUGUCUCGAUCUCGUCAUCCGAGGUGGAACGCCCAACUAAAAAAAUAAAAUUUUAA